AUUGGCUGCCGUCCUCAGCGUCUCGCACCCGAUUGGUCCAAAAUGUUACGAUAUCCGUGGGCUGAGAAGUUGACGUUUCCGUUGGCUCCUGACUAGGAGCAGAGAGACUGUAGGGGUUGGGCCAAAAAGUGGAGAAAUGGCGAGAAUGGUGGAAGAGAGCGGGUGUACGGAGGAAUUACAAAAGCAUGAGCAGCAGGGACCGUGUGGGAGUGCGGCGAGAUGGGGUCCACAACACGCCGGUGCCCGAGAAUUGGCCAAUUUAUAUUCACCAGGCAAAAGAUGUCAAGAGUGGAUAAGUGUUGUCCUCUGCUUCUCUCUCAUGGCCUUCAAUUUCAUUCACCUCCUUGCCAAUUUCCACUUCGGACAUUUGUGGUACAUCGUUAUGGGGAUUGCAGCAGGAAUCCUCACGGCAGACUUCGCAUCAGGCCUUGUUCACUGGGGGGCUGAUACAUGGGGAUCAGUGGAUCUCCCCAUCUUUGGAAAGGCCUUUAUACGACCCUUUAGAGAGCACCACAUUGACCCCACAGCCAUCACUCGCCAUGACUUCAUUGAGACCAAUGGCGACAACUGCAUGUUAACCAUCAUCCCUCUCAUCAACAUGGCCUUCAACUUCCACACACUCUCCCCCGCGGAGAUCUACCAUAUCUACCCGUGGUACUGCUACCUGUUUGCGCUAGGCAUCUUUGUGACCCUCACCAACCAGAUUCACAAGUGGUCCCACACGUAUUUCGGCUUGCCUGGCUGGGUGAUGCUCCUGCAGGACUUCCACGUUAUCCUUCCCCGCAAGCACCACCGCAUCCACCACGUCUCCCCGCACGAGACAUAUUUCUGCAUCACGACAGGUUGGCUCAACUACCCCCUGGAGAAGUUGGGCUUCUGGAGGAACCUGGAGGAUCUCAUCCAGGGCAUCACAGGAGAGAAGCCCAGGGCAGACGAUCUGAAAUGGGCUCAUAAAGUCAAGUAAUGGCACAGGCUAACGUCACCCUACCUCGGAAGACGCUGGCUGCGUCCAGGCUUCUCAUCCCCCCCCCCCUUUUUUUUUUCCCUCCAUGUAAUCCAUCUGAAGAAAAACUUAACAGGUUUUGAUGCCAUAGCUUUGACUCUUGCACAUUUUGUCUGCUUUUCAAGACGACUUUUUUCAUUACGCCUAACGGAGAGAUUCAUUUCAAACUGAAAUGUAUUUCUUAACUCUCAUCUCGAACAAUAAUUUUUCACUUUUUGCAAAGCGGUCAGAUCACUUUCUAAUAUUUCUUCUCACUUCAAAAAAAAAAAAAAAAUCAAACGAGGAACACAAGCCUCUGCUGUUCAUUUGGAUGAUAUUUAGCACUGGCUUACUUCAAAUAUAUCGAUUUGAUGCUCACAAAAAUUAUAUUGAAAUUUUGAUAGUGGACAGAAGUGCAAUUAGAGAGAAACAAGAAAGUUUUCUCAUUAUGGAUAGCGAAAGAACAAAUUGAUGAAUAGCCACUGUUACAUUGUUUUUUUUUUACCCUAAGCACUUUUUUUACAUGACAUUAUCAUUCUGAUGUCUAAUCAUUAUUAAUAGUCAUUUGCAGCCUUCAGCUUUAAACACACUGACAGCCAUGUUUAAUAGUGGCUUUACCAAGAUAUUGAAACAAAUAUUUAAAUAAACUUUAAGGCCAAAGUCAGUGUGGCAGAACACUUAACAAGAGGUCAAAAACCAAAGGGAAUAAACGGUCAGAUGACAUGUCAUCUUUGCUUACCUCAUCCUUUGGGGGGGGAAAAGGCCUUUUCAGAAGGUUUUGCAUUGCCACUCAUAAAAAAAUCAUAUAAUAAUAAUAAUAAUGUGGGAAAAAAAACACAUUAUUCACAAUUUUAGGUAUAAGAUGAUUCUUCUUUUCAAACAUACUUUUUAGUUUUUGUUGAUUAAAAAAAAAAAAAAAAUGAAGCUCCGUUCAGAAUAACCUCAGCAAAUAAGCAUCAACUUGAAUAUUACAAAUACAAUAUAUCAACAAUUCAACGGGAUUAUUAUUCUAGUCGUGAAGGAGUCCCAUCUGAUUGUACCUAAUAGGGUGGCCUGAGUGUUAGUGUUCUGGGUGUCAGGUUCAUAAUGUCGUCACAUGACUUUGCAAUCGGGGGAAGAGACACAUGCAGUUUUAUGAAGCUGCCUUACACCGUUCUUGUCGUUUAGCUUCACUUUGUGUGUUUAAAGUCCUGUUUGGUGUCUUGGAUUUACGUACAAACACGCUAAUGUUGACAUGAGGUCUAUUCCAUGCAUCUUUUUUUUUUUUUUAAACUAAAAGAUGUAUUGGUGUGGGCAACAUUCCUGUUUGUGUGUAGUUGUGGCAAGUGGACUGUGUGGCGUUACAAGGGCGAUGCUUGGCGAGCCAGGACUUUCUUCACUCCUUCCCCUUGCCGGUGGCAGGGUUUAUUUUUAAACGCUUUAGCGAGUAAUUUGUAAGUGUGUUGUACAGCAAAUAACUAUGCACUGUCAUAAGAGCCUCUUAACUUUUUGUCUUAACGCUGUCUGAUUAGUCAAACGCCUUUUAGUGAAGCCUUUUACAGUCUUACAAAAUUGGGAGCAGGAAAUUGAGACGCCUUUUUUUUUUUUUAAGUGUACGAGAAAAGGAAUUAACAAAGACAUAACAACAAAUAAAUGUGCGUCACCGGCUUCCCCCUUAAGUUUGUCGAACGCAGACGCUGACUAGGGAGGAAUGACUGUGCUACAUUCAACAGACCUUCAACGUUGACCCAACUGACUCAGGAAGGAACUACAGUAAACCUCGGAUAUAUCGGAAAUUCGCUCACAACGGACAGAUAAAAAAGAACCGAUUUUUCUGUAAUGCAUUUCCAAUAAAAAUUCAUUGCAUCGGAUUUUUUAUAACGGAUUUCGCCUAUUUCGGACAAAAUCUCCAGUCCCGUUCCAAUGCAUUUCCAUUAAAUUUCCCUCGCAUAUAUCGGAUGGCCGCAUCGUGGCGCUCCGAUUCGCCGAAUCGUGACAGGCCGCUAUACGACGUCAUUUGCAGCGUUUGCAGCGUUGCCUGCGCGUCCAGGUACAUUGGAAACAUAGUCAAGGAAGUGCCUUUUUAUAACGGAUAAAAUCCGAUUUACGCAUAUACCGGAUAUAAAUCCCAUAUAUGCGUAAAACUGACAUUUUCCGGUAUACGCAUAUAACGGAUUUCGCUUAUAUCGGACAAAACCAGUGGGAACAAUUGAAUCUGAUAUAUCCGAGGUUUACUGUACCUAAAUUACGUCUUCAUUCCAAGGAAAAUCCUGGCAAGCAACCAGGUUAAAAGGCUUCAUUGUUGUGCUUCUGAUAGUCUAAGUAAGUAGGCAGUUUAGGGGUAGUAACAUAUAUUAUAGGGCCGCAUUGAUCUUUUUUAUAUAUUAUGGAAUAUUUCAAUUUUUAAUCCAUUAUACUUGAUUAUAUGGAAUUUAUACACUUUCUCAAUUCUCAAUUUAAAUUAGGAUCAUUGGAAGUGGAUAAAUAAAACAACACAAUUUCUGAGAUAUUUCUAUUUAAACCUAUUUAAAUCAGCAAAACAACACAUUUCAUAGCGCUUGUAGAGUAUUGUGAGAAGCGGUUUCGUGUGGACUUGCCCGUCAAAAUGUACUGCUGCUGGUUGUUUCGAGAUGUCGCAUCAGUAUUAGGAACACAAAAUAUCAAAAGUCAAUUAGCGGAGGUUCUGUGUUAUUCGGUGCUACAACUUCGAACGACUGUUUGAUAUUCAUUGGUUUAUAAUCGUAAAAAAACUUCAGCUUCUUGUUUAAUUAAAAUGGAUGGAGCUGUGUUUAUUUUCUUGCGUUGAGUUCGGGUCCUCCCACUUGACUCGGUUAAGAAUAAUGAAUGUUAAGACGUGCUUUGUCGAGUUGAUUUGAGUUGCGAGAUAUUCUUAUUCAACUGCCUUAUCCGCUCCCUGAUUGAUUUACUGUAAAUCACGUCAGCAAAAUGUGAACACUCGAGACCGACAUUUUAAGUUGCCGUUCACCUGUCUCUCGUUUCUUCUGAGGCAAGGUCCCAUGUGGAUGUUGUGGUUGGUGAUGGACUUUCGGCUAUCACAAUAAUAUACCUUGAUGCCUUUUUGUUGUCUUCCAUUUGGGAGAUGUACAAUGUGUAUAUUAAACUGCAUUUAUAUAUAAACUAAAUAAAAUGUCAGUAAUUACAA